AUGCAUGCUUUUAUUCUUUACUCAUGCAUUGGUUUGACACACAGCGGAAAUGAUACAGAUCGACUGGCCUUGCUUGAAGUCAAGGCUUCGAUAACCCAUGACCCUUUUGGAGUUCUGACUACAUGGAAUGAAACCAUCCACUUUUGCCGUUGGCAUGGAGUUACUUGUGGACGUCGUCACCAAAGGGUUACAAGGUUGGACCUGCAGUCCUUGGAACUUGCAGGCUCUAUAUCACCACAUGUUGGAAACUUGAGUUUUUUGAGAGAGAUUUAUCUCCAGAACAACAGCUUGAGCAGUGAAAUCCCUCAGGAAAUCGGCCGUCUGAGCAGAUUGCAAAAUCUACAAUUGGAGAAUAAUUCACUGAGUGGUGAGAUUCCCUCGAACUUAUCAGGUUGCUCUCAGCUCCUAAUACUUUUUCUUGGUUUCAAUUUUCUGGUAGGAAGGAUUCCUGAGGAGCUUGGCACCUUGUCAAAGCUAAGAGUACUUGCAAUUCACCGAAACAACCUCACAGGAGCUGUCCCUCACACCUUAAGCAACUUAUCAUCUCUUGAAUCCCUUUCGGCAUCUUCUAAUAAUUUGAAUGGGACUGUUCCUGAUUUUUUUGGUCAUCUGACCAAUAUUACAUAUCUUGCUUUGAGCGAAAAUACAUUGUCUGGUAUGAUCCCUCCCUCAAUCUUCAAUAUCUCUUCUAUAAGAUUAUUUUCUGUGGUUGGAAACAGCAUUCAAGGGACUCUGCCCUCAAACUUAGGUACUACUUUUCCAAGACUCGAAUAUUUUCUUAUUGAUAAUAACCAAUUCGGUGGAUUUAUUCCUGUUUCAAUAUCCAAUGCCUCAAAUAUAGUGGAGCUUGGAAUGUCAGGAAACCAACUACAUGGAACAGUCCCUUCGUUGAUAAAAUUAUCUAGGCUUGAGAAACUAGUUCUCGGUAUAAACCAUCUUGGAAGUGGGGGGGUUGGUGACUUAAGCUUUUUCUGCGAUUUGACUAAUGCCACCAGUUUACAAGUACUGCAAAUCAAUAAAAAUAAUUUUGGAGGCAUGUUACCUCAAUGCACAGCUAAUCUAUCUUCUUCUCUUGAAUUAUUCUUUGUAUCUGCGAAUAAACUGUUUGGAAGAAUCCCAUACGGGAUUGGAAAUUUGCUCAACCUGUGGAACCUACGGCUGUCUGCAAACCAAUUUUCCGGUUACAUCCCCCUUGAUCUAGGAAAGCUUCAGAAAUUAUAUGAAUUAGAUAUGGCAAUGAACUCUUUUGCUGGGAAUGUUCCAUCCUCUUUGGGAAAUUUAACUCAGUUAACGAAAUUAUAUUUGUCUUACAACAACCUUCAAGGCAAUAUCCCUUCCAGCUUAGCGAAGUGUUCUCAUUUGAUGAUCUUAUCUCUUGGUUAUAACGAUCUCAGCGGUUUCAUACCCCAAGAAGUCAUUGCUAAGUCAUCUUCAAUUGUUGCUCUUUCCUUAAACAACAAUCGUUUUUCUGGUUCCCUUCCCCAGGAAGUGGGAAAUUUAAUAAACCUGGAGUAUUUAUUUGUUUCCGAAAACAUGUUAUCUGGUAAAAUUCCUGCAAAUCUUGGUCAGUGUGUAAGGUUAGAAUAUCUAGAAAUGCAGAGAAACUUCUUCCAAGGGGAAAUUCCAUCAUCUUUGAGUUCACUAAGAGGUAUUAUAGAAGUACAUCUUUCUCAGAAUAACUUGUCAGGCACGAUUCCAGAAUUCUUGGCGCGUUUCAAAUUUCUGCAGUAUUUGAAUCUAUCUAAUAACAAUUUUGAGGGGAUUGUGCCAAUCGAAGGAGUUUUCAAGAAUGCAACUAUGACAUCAGUCAAAGGAAAUAGUAAACUUUGUGGGGGUAUACCUGAGUUUCAAUUGCCAAAAUGCAAACCUCAACAUUCCAACAAGAGAAGAUUGAGCACAACCUUGAAACUCAUCAUAUGUCUCACUGGUGGGCUUCUUGGAGUCACUUUUGCACUCGCCUCUCUCUACCUUUGUUUCUUUAAGAGAAAACGAAAGGUGCAUACCUCAAGUGAUUCAGAAAGAUUUCUCAAGGUUUCUUACCGAAGUCUUCUGAAGGCUACCGAUGGAUUCUCCUCUGCCAACUUGCUUGGGACAGGCAGUUUUGGGUCUGUCUAUAAAGGGUUACUUGAGUAUGGUGAAACAACUGUUGCCAUCAAGGUACUCAACCUGGUUCGUUCUGGUGCUUCCAAAAGUUUCUUUGCAGAAUGUGAGGCCUUGAAAAAUAUUAGACAUCGUAAUCUUGUGAAGGUACUCUCUGUAUGUUCAGGUUCUGAUUAUCGUGGUUUUGACUUCAAGGCCUUAGUUUAUGAGUUCAUGGUUAAUGGGAGCUUAGACGCAUGGUUGCAUCCAACUCCCACAGUUGGUGAGACAAAUCAGCGGUCAAGGAGUUUAACUCUUUCUCAGAGGUUGAACAUUGCUAUUGAUGUUGCUAUGGCAUUGGAAUAUCUCCAUCAUCAAUGCGAAGUGCCAAUAGUUCAUUGCGACGUCAAGCCAAGCAACGUUCUUCUCAAUGCUGAUAUGAUUGGACAUCUAGGUGACUUUGGAUUGGCAAGAUUCCUUCCUAGAGCUGCUAAAAACUUUUCCGGUAAUCAAUCAAGCUCCGUUGGAGUAAAAGGAACAAUUGGUUAUACUCCUCCAGAGUAUGGCAUGGGACAUGAAGUGUGGACAAAAGGUGAUACGUACAGUUACGGCAUCCUCUUAUUGGAAAUGUUUACAGGUAAAACACCAACCGAUAUCAUGUUUCAAGGAACUUCGAACCUUCCUAACUUUGUCAAGGCAGCUCUGCCUCAUCAUGUGGUAGAGGUUCUGGAUCCCAUUCUUUGUCAUGAAAAAGAGGAACGGGAGGUGAGCACAAAUAAUGCUUCUUGUGAGGAUAGCUUAAGGGUUCACAACAAAAUGGAAGAAAGCUUGAUUUCCAUUUUAGAAAUUGGAGUUGCUUGCUCUGCGGAACUGCAGAGGGAACGAUUGGACAUUUGUGAUGUUGUGACUGGGAUGUGUCUGAUUAGAAACAAACUUAGGGCAUAUAGAAUAUGUGAAUAG